GUGUACGGAUUCUAUGAUGAAUGCAAACGACGUUAUUCUGUGAAACUGUACUAUGUAUUUCAGGACCUAUUCGACUCGUUGCCGCUAUGUUCUCUAGUCAGCGGCCGAAUUUUGGGAAUGCAUGGAGGUCUUUCGCCAAAGCUGACAUCGUGGUCAAUGAUGGACGAGAUCACACGACCUCUCGAUCCCGAGGAUAACCCAUUAGCCAUGGAUUUGUUAUGGUCGGAUCCCGAUCAGUACACCCAAGGAUGGGCACGGAACAGUCGUGGUGUCUCAUACGUGUUUGGCUCAGAUGUGGUGAAGAAAUUCGCUGUCGGCGAUAUGGAUCUGAUUUGUUAG